AUGGGGUCUGGAUCAGGGGGUGACGAGGUGGCCCAUUGGGUUUUAGAACAUUUUAUGGAUACCCCCAUCUCAUUCCUAGCCCAGCCUAGAACCAUAUCUAAGUUGGGGGAAACAAAGGCAGCUGAGGGACACAUAUGUAAUCAGGAUCCUAUAGUCACGAAGAAAUGGAGGAGAAGGGAGAAGGGUUCUAUACCUAUGGAGCGCACAAAGUCUCAGGAGGAAUACAGUGGCAAACGAAAGCCUGGCGAAGGCAAAGAGGGUCUGGCUUCUAUUUCGGAAGGGAGUGUAAAGAAAAAAGUUAGGGUUAAUCCUGACCAAAGUAAUUCAACUAUGGUAGAUAUGGAAGAGCUAACGGUGGGUGCUGGGAUCCAGUCCCACCAAUCUCCAUGA